AUGAGUGAGGGUUCAUUCCAAUCAGAAAAGGAACCUGUGGUUCAAGUAAUUUUUCAGCACAGCAUUGACGAUGUUUCGAUUGAGCCUCCUAUGUCGGAAUGGUCGUCGCUCUUAUUUGAAGCGCCCGAAGGGAAUAUAAAAAAGCUUCAAUACGAGCAAGGAUUGUACACCCCUGGUAGCGGUGAGAUAUGUGCCAAGUAUAUUCCACUCUCUGCUAGCUCUGUUCUUCGCCAUCCGUACUAUAACUAUCCAGGAGUUGUAGACCCCGGAAUAAAAGAAGCACUUCUCAAACCUGAACCUCAGGUCAUAUACCCUGAAGACGGCCAAGAGCUUUACUUAGCUUUAUGCAAACAAAGCAAUUUGUGUCCCGUUCGAAAAUUUUAUCGAGAAUUACAAACGAUGAAAAUAGAUCUAAAAUAUUAUGGUAUAAAUCCCCUGGGAAUAAGACCAAUGGCACUGUCUCUAAAAUAUAACCAGUUUGUUACUGUUAUGGAUCUGACAGAUAAUUUCAUCGACGAUGAUAGUUGUUUCCACUUAGGUGAAAUGUUGAUAGAAAACGUAACUUUGGAGGAAUUGAACCUUCAGGGAUGUAGGAUCGGGCCGGAAGGUUUGAAGAGGUUGCUAGCACAUAUACAUAUAAAUAAAGGUUUACGUACACUUAACCUGUGUAAGAACAAACUUGGGGAUAAAGGUACAGAAUAUUUGGCGAAGGCUUUAUUUUUAGGCGCAAAUAUCUUUAACAUAAAUUUAAGCUACAACGGAUUAGGACCCAAUUCGCUUUAUCCAUUAUGCGAAGCUUUCGAAACACACAACAAACUGAGGAGCGUAGAUCUGUCCUGGAAUAAUAUCAUGUCUGGUAAUGCUGUGUUUAGUAUCUGUCAAAAAUUUGCUCAAAAUGAAAACUUCGAAUAUUUAAAUUUAGCUUGGAACGCCUUGACUGGCGCAAGAGUCGGUAACGCUGCUAGAAUGAUUCUAGUAAAGUGUCCUAAGCUUAGCGGUAUUUAUCUAAAUAACAAUAGAUUAACUUCAGAUGUCGUUGGGCCUAUUUGCACAGGUCUUUUGAACAGCAGCAGUUCAAUUCUUAAUACUUUGGACUUAUCGUAUAACCCCUUAACGCCCGACGACGCAUUUCAGUUACUAGCUUGCCUGAAAAACAGAAAGGUCAAAUUACAAAAAAUAUUAAUGGAUAAUAUAAUGAUUAAGAAGGAAUUCUUAGACCUUCGUGAAGACAUUUUGAAACUCAAGUUUCGCAAAAAUACAGUUGUUACUUACGGCGAAUUGAAACCGGUUUUCGUACCACAGGGCGUGAGCAUGAAGGAAAUUUUAUUCAAUAGAGCAGACUUCCUAUGUUCUAAGAAAAAGAAAGACAUUGCAUUGGUGUUACUGCAAAUACAUAAAGUUUACGGUGGAUUAAUGGAUACAAAACAAUUCUCAAGAGAAAUAAAAAGUCUUGGGGCUCCGUUGGACGAAGAUGUAAUAGAAGGUUUGACGUAUGUCUUUCCUGGUGUUGUACUAGCUAAAUCAAAGACAAUAAACUUGAAUGACUUAGUUGAUUACUUGUCUCGCAAAUGGCCUGACAGGAAGCUACCUCCCACACCUCCCCCAGAACCUGAACCAGAACAGCCUGUUAAGGAGAAAAAGUGA